ACAUUUUAGAGACAGCAGCAACAGAUGGCUUCAGGUCCAAUCUUGAGUGUUCUUGAACAGACCCAAGUUUCGCCACCAGUGGCCGCUGUUAGCGACAAGUCGUUGUCGCUAACUUACUUCGACUUCUUGUGGCUAACUCAACCUCCUAUUCAUAAUCUAUUCUUUUAUGAGUUCCCGAUCUCACAAACUCAAUUCAUUGAAACUAUUAUUCCUAAAGUCAAACAUUCGUUAUCAAUCACCCUUCAACAUUUUUUUCCAUUCUCCGGUAACUUGUUCGUCUAUCCUACUUCCACCAAAAACCCCGAAAUCCGUUAUGUCGAAGGUGAUUCUGUUGCGGUUACUUUUGCUGAAUGCAACCUUGAUUUCAAGGAACUAAUCGGAAACCAUCCCCGAGACUGUGAGAUGUUUUACCAUCUUACACCUCUACUUGGUGAGCCUGAUAAAACUUCAGAUUUCACAAAGAUCCCGUUGUUCUCCGUUCAAGUGACACUCUUUCCAAACUCCGGAAUUUCUAUUGGAAUGACAAAUCACCAUUGUUUGGGUGAUGCUAGCACCAGGUUUUAUUUCUUAAAGGCGUGGACAUCGAUUGCUCGAUUUGGUUCGGAUGAGUUGUUCCUUGCUAAUGGAACUUUACCAGUUUACGAAAGGCCGAUCCAAAACCGUAAACUAGAUGAAAGUUAUCUAAAGUUUGCGAAGGUUGAAAACUUUAAAGAUGAGUAUCAACCUUCAAAGCUAUGUGGACCAACUGAUAAAGUUAGAGGAACAUUUAUAUUGUCUCGACCUAUGUUGAAUAAGUUGAAAAACUUGGUUUCUACACAACUACCAACAUUAGUAUAUGUAUCAUCGUUUACUGUUGCAUGUGGUUAUAUAUGGAGUUGCAUAGCGGAAACAGGAAACGAUGGGCUGCAAAUGUUUGGUUUCACCAUCGAUUGCAGGGUGCGUAUGAAGCCCGCUAUCCCAGCAGCCUACUUCGGCAAUUGUGUUGGAGGGUGUUUCGUUUUAGAGCAAAGCAAAAUGUUAAAGGGAAAAGAAGGGUUUGUUACUGCUGCAAAAUUGCUUGGGGAAAGUCUUCAUCAGAGGUUGACCGAUAAAGAUGGAGUUCUUCCAGAAAUAGAGUCAUUUGGGGACUUGUUUACCAAUGGGUUUCCAUCAACAAUGAUAGGGGUUGCUGGAACACCAAAGCUCAAGUUUUAUGACAUGGAUUUUGGGUGGGGUAAGCCCAAAAAGAUUGAAACAGUUUCGAUUGAUUAUAAUGGAUCGAUAUCAAUGAAUGCCUGCAAAGAUAACAGUGAUGAUCUCGAGAUUGGUGUUUGCCUUCCUGCUAUCCAGAUGGAGUCUUUUGUUCGUAUUUUUAAACAUGGGUUAGAAGAAUACAUCUAGAUCUAGAUAUUAUAAUAUUUUGUUUUGUUAUAUGUUGUUUUAUGUUGUUUACAUUUCACAUCUCACAUCAAUAAGAGUGUUAGAAGUGGUUAAACA